AUGGCGGUGUGCAGGAGUGUGGCUUUCGUUAUCGUCGCUUUCUUCUUGGGGUUUGCGAGCUUUAUUUACUAUAAAAGUGUAAGUCGAAAUUUGCUGGUGGUCACGGGGUAAAAAGUGGCGCUAGAUAUGGUCUUUGGGCCGGAAUGGGCCGAUUUUGGUUAUUAUGUAAAGGUUUUAUGUAAAAGGUUCUUUUUUAUGAUCCGAAAAUCGCUUGUAUCUUGAAUCAACGGGUUUUGCGCAUGAAUUUCAUGAAAAACGUCCGUAUUUUCUUAUCUUCGGUGGACUUUUGCUUUUAUCAGACAUCGAAAAUGUCGGCUGUGCCCCAAAAAAAUCAGAGAGGAAUCUAUUCGGUGUAGAUAUCAUGCUAGAACAUAAGAAUCAGAUCUGGUUGCUGCUGCUGCCGCUAGAAAAUACCAGUAAUUUUCCUUUCUAUUUAUAAUAGAUGAUGAACACAAUUUAAUGUUUUGUGGACCUACAGUGGACCUUCCAGUGGCGAAAAACGUAUCAGUUUGCAUCCAAGAGGCAUCAAUGUGGCAAAAUACCUCCCUCUCCAUGUGAAAAAAGUCAGAGUUUAAAAUCGCUUUUUUUAAAAGACGAUUUCUGAGUCAGUGCGUCAGCCGUGGACAUAGAAAAAAAUCGAUUUUGAGUUUUUUGCACUAAAAUGGCUGUUGGAAGGUGCUAAGCAAAAGCGAACAAUAUUUUUUCCCAAAACCUUCAUCAAGGUAUAUUUUUUUACAAUUUACUGUUUUAGAAGUAACCGCGUCCAGCUGUCGUAUCUUACCUUACUGGACGAUGAUUUGACGGUUACUGAAGUUUUCGACCCUUGCGAUGACGAUGGUAUCAUUAUUUUUCCGAUUUUCCUACUGUAACAUGCCGUAAUAGUGUAUCGACCGCUAAAAAACGACCGUAGAAUCUUUCAUUCUGAAAAUUUCACAGGCGAUUUUACGAUUUUUGGAAUCAGCAUAAAAUUCUGCUCUAGAGGCAAUCAAAAAAAGUUCAAAAAAAGCUGCGACAAAUUUCGUGGUAUAGUGGUUAGUGGUCGGGACUACCAAUCCAGCGACCUUGGUUCGAGUCCGGCUGGGUGCGAAUAUCGAAAAGAAGUCGGAAAUUAAAUUUAUUGUGAUUCAGAGGAUUGUAUAUUUUGCCACGAGCAAUUAUUAAUGUCAAUGGUAGCUGGAUUCGAGGUUAAAACGGGAUUUAUAUAAUUUUAGGGGCUCAAUACAUGAAAAAAUAAAAGUGCUUCAAACCGGUUGAAAUUGAUAAUACUUAUUCUAAGGGCUAUUCUAAGACACUUUCUCGUUAACUUUUUUUGGUAGCUUACUGUUCCAUGCACUACAGUAAGAUAAAGAUUUUGUACUUAAGCGGGAUUUUCUUCAAGAUUGUUGUAUCCAGUCUCGAGUUUUUUUGACUAGGUCGUUCAAACAGCAACGAAGGUCCACUAUAGGUAUACAAAAUAAAUUUCCGCUUCACCUCCAGUGUGUCUUGAUAUCAUCGCUAUCUGACAAAACUUCGUGAAAUAACCCGGUUGUUUCAAACUGUGCGGCCAUAAAAAAAUUUUGUAUGCAAACCAACUCGUUAUUAACCAUCUCUAUCAAGAUGGCCACAGUCCGAGCUGUCUACGCCCCGUGGUAUGCGAAAAAUAAAAUUGGAUUUCAUGUCACAGUAAUCCAUGUUACUGUAAGUUACGAAAAAAAGUUAACGAGAAAGUGUCUUAGAAUAGCCCUUAGAAUAAGUAUUAUCAAUUUCAACCGGUUUGAAGCACUUUUAUUUUUUCAUGUAUUGAGCCCCUAAAAUUAUAUAAAUCCCGUUUUUUAAAAUUAAACCUCGAAUCCAGCUACCAAUGACAUUAAUAAUUGCUCGUGGCAAAAUAUACAAUCCUCUGAAUCACAAUAAAUUUAAUUUCCGAAUUCUUUUCGAUAUUCGCACCCAGGCGGACUCGAACCCGGGUCGCUGGAUUGGUAGUCCCGACCACUAACCACUAUACCACGAAAUUUGUCGCAGCUUUUUUUGAACUUUUUUUGAUUGCCUCUAGAGCAGAAUUUUAUGCUGAUUCCAAAAAUCGUAAAAUCGCCUGUGAAAUUUUCAGAAAGAAAAAUUCUACGGUCGUUUUUUAGCGGUCGAUACAGUAUUACGGUAUGUUACAGUAAGAAAAUCGGAAAAAUAAUGAUACCAUCGUCAUCGCAAGGGUCGAAAACUUCAGUAACCGUCAAAUCAUCGUCCAGUAAGGUAAGAUACGACAGCUGGACGCGGUUACUUCUAAAACAGUAAAUUGUAAAAAAAUAUACCUUGAUGAAAGUUUUGGGAAAAAAAAUAUUGUUUGCUUAGCACCUUCCAACAGCCAUUUUAGUGCAAAAAACUCAAAAUCGAUUUUUUCCUAUGUCCACCCCUAACAGACGGCUGAUGCACUGACUCAGAAAUCGUCUUUUAAAGAAAAAUGGCGCGCCCUUCAAAACGAAUUUUUUCCACUUGGAGAGGGAUGCAUUUUGCCACAUUUUUGAUACUUUUUUGCAAAAUGGUGCGUUUUUUGCCGCUGGAUCAGGUCUCUCACUGUAUUACAGUUUUUUACACAUGUGCUCUAUCCUUUCUAGGAGAUCAUCCUCUCCACCAAUCUAUACUACAACUAUGACUUGAAAAGUCUCAAUAACGCAAUUCAAGACGCGUUUUUGCCAGAUAUUGAAAGUGAGGCUGAUGAUCACAUUGAGACUGCGGUAACACCGUCAAAUCGGACUUCUGCAACAAAGAGGCGAAGGUUCAAAGAUAAAGUGGAAAUUCUGAUGUGGACGCAUCGAGGUCGCUUUGGAAAAAUUGAGGACUAUAUAAAGGAUGUCUAUCGGAAUUGUGGGAAAACUUGUCAUGUAACGCCCGAUAGAGGCCGCUUGAAUCAUUCUGAUGCUGUCGUGUUUUACCCGUUUUACGCAAGUAGGUGUUAACAUCUAAUUGAUAAAGGUUUAGCUAUGUUUAGUAUAUUAUUUUUUUUAUUUUUAGAGUAUUUCAACGUAACCUAUCCACCGCAUGCCAACCAAGACCAGUUAAUGGUAUUUUGGGAGCAAGAGUCGCCAAUGAGAUAUCUGGAGAAUAAAAUUGAGUAAGUAAACUUUUGUUUUGUGUAAUCGCUGUGAGAUGCUCAAAUUUCCCUAGGCAACUCUUGAACUUUUUACCGUAUCCCUUAAAAAUCAUCUUUUUUUGCCGAAACAAGGUAUGUAAAGCUUCUUCCUGACAAUCAGCUCAUUUUCAAAACACAAAACAAUUUUUAUUAGAAGCACAUUUUAUUAACAUCAACGGAAUUUUCUUUGUUAUGCUACAUCUUUCUGAAAAAUCUGUGUUUUUUUGACGUAUUUGUCAUUACGUUAAUUUUGCAAUUAUAGUCACUAUAUACGGCAAAGAAACUGUUGCCGAAAAUGGCAAAUUUCAACGUUUGUGAACAGAGAAAUGUACUUUUAAUCGUAAGUGUCUACCAAUCACGGCCACCAGACAACACCAAAAAACGUAGGGACCAUUUUCGAUUUUUCAAUUUUUUUUUCGAAACCGGCUCGUGACGAUCAAGAAAUGUUAUCUUUGAAUAAAUUCUGAAUGGAAAUUCGUCAUGAAAUCAAAAUAAAAUAAUAGUGCAAGCUUCAUGAAAUUUAUCAAAAGUCCCUUUCAAGUUUGAUGACGAUGUUUACAACAAAAAAAAUUGUAUUUUAGAAUCCCAGAGGACUACUUCAACACCACCGUAACCUAUAUGUCCACUUCCGAUGUCCCAAUCCCAUAUGGCCGCUACGUGAAGAAGCGACAAGAAGGAACAGUCAGUUUUCGUUGAAAAGUUUUAUGUGUUUCCUUCAAGUCUUUAUGAUCCAACGUCGGACUUUUAAUUUCCAUACUAGAAAAGUCUAAUAUGACUAAUCUUUUUGGGUUGGAGAAUACAUUGAAGGGAUUAUAGUAAACGUCAACUGAAAACAUAAACUGUGUUUCGUACUAUUAUACCUAAUACAUAGAUAGAAACAUCGACAAGACGCUUAUUAAAGCAUAAGCCGAUAAGAAGCGAAACUAGAUAAGUUUUCAAAGAGUACACUUUGUUAGGAUAGGUUGUAGGGGCGGAGAAUAAAGUCAACAGGGGAGUGUUCAAGUGCGACGGCCAGAUUUUGUACAAGCUUGGGACAAGUUUAUAAAUCAUUGGCAUAUUGAACCUUUGUGCUUAGCUUUGCUAAACAGGGCAGUACUCCAAGUGUGACAGUCAGAUUUUCCUUGAAUUUUGUACAAACGUCCGAGAUAGACUAAAUCUCAAUUCCUGAAAAUUUUAGCCCGCGCUUUGCAGGCGCCGCCGAGAUAUUGAAUGAUCUUUGCCACCCGGAGAUUACACUAAGCGCGGAGAGCGGUCAGAAAGAAAAACACCUUCUGGCCUUUCACUUCCUUUUUUCGUGCAGAAAAAAUUGUUUUUUUUUGUGGAAACAUCACACUUUACGGCAGAAAUAGGGGUGAAACCUUUCGCGCUUAAAUUCGGUAAAAAUUCUCAAGUUUUCGCCGACUUUCGAUCUAAAGAUUUCAGUUGUUUCUGUAAAGCGCGAUCUAGUAUUUUUGAAUAUAUUUGAGAAAACAUUUUUCUAAAUUUGUGCCAUGUUUCAUCAAAACCUCAGCGUUUCGCUGUGAUACUAUCUUUGUAAAUAAUUGCAAAUACUUUUUCAUCUUGUUUCGUAAGAUGAAUUCACAGCUCACACUCCUCAAUUUCAGCGUGAAGAGUUUCGAACAAGCAUCUUGAACCAAGUGAAAAAUCAAAAUAAAGGAAUCUACAAAGUCUUCUCGCAUUGCAAGACCUCCGCCAAACGAGAAGAGCUCAUAAAGCAAAUACAAAAGUAAUCUAUCUCAUCCAUGUCUUUGCCGCCAUAACCUGAGCAAUAAAACGUAAGAAUAAACACGCUUUCAAUUUCAGAGUCAUGCCGGUGGAUCUCUACGGAAAAUGCGGAAACAUGACAUGCUCCAACAGCUGUUUCCAAAAAAACAAGCUACUGUAUCGCUUCUACCUCGCAUUCGAAAACUCAAUAUGCGUGGAUUACAUCACGGAGAAGUUUUGGCAGUUCAAUACAUUGGUGCCGAUUGUUGUCAAGAGGAGUAUGUAUCCCAGGCUGCCGGAAAAGUCGUUUAUCGCGCUAGAUGACUUUGGGUGAGUUAAGGGAAAGAUAGGGCCUCUCAAAGGUCUUCUAGGUCUUUUUUAUGGGGACCUGUAGCCUUCAAAUAUAGCUCCAUUAUUGGCAUACCUUCCAGUCUUUUGCCUAGACGUUUUGAUGACUAAAACUGCUCCAAAAAUUCACCCAAUCAUCCAAAUUUUCAGUUCUCUCGAAGAGUUUGCUCAAUAUAUCAACGAAUUGAUGAGAGAUGACCAAGCUUACUCCGAAUACCUCAUGUGGAGAUACGAUUAUUAUCGAGAUAGGAUCCAGCCAACAGCUAUGAUGUGUUGGCUAUGUGAUUACGUCAGGAAGAAUGAAAAAUACAAAUGGUACGAUAAGAUUGAGGGCUUUUCGGAUGCUUCUCAAUCCUGUGAUCUCAAGGCGAAUGAUGGGUGGUUCAGACGGGCAUAA